ACACAUAUUAUAUAUAUCCAUCAUCUCCGCAAGAUCAAAAUCUGACCGUCCAAUCCAUCCAUGGAAGCUCGGCUAGUCUCUGUUGGCCCACGGUGCUCGACCAUUCCCCCGAGCUACGUCCGGCCGGAGCCCCAAAGGCCGAAGCUUUCCCAAAUUCCCGACUACCUUGACCCCCCCUUCGUCGACUUGUCGUGCCCCGACAAAAACUCGAUUGUCCGACAAGUAGCCGAUGCUUGUCGAGAAUUCGGGUUUUUCCAAGUGAUUAACCACGGGGUGAGGACAGAAGUAAUGGAGAAGAUGGUGGGAGUGGCGAAGGAAUUCUUUGACCUGCCGGAGGAUGAGAAGAUGAAACUAUACUCGAAUGAUCCGGCGAAGGCGACGAGGUUGAGCACGAGCUCGAAUCUGGCGAAGGAGGAAAUUCACAAUUGGAGGGAUUACUUGAGGCUGCAUUGCUACCCUUUGGAAGACUAUGUUCAUCAAUGGCCUCUUAAUCCUCCAUCUUUCAAGGACGUUGCUAGCAUUUAUUGUACUGAAGUCCGGGAUCUCGGGACGAGGUUGCAAGAAGUGAUAUCCGAGAGUUUGGGUCUGGAUAAAGAGCAGAUAAAUAGGAGCCUGGGCGAGCAGGGGCAGCACAUGGCCAUCAACUACUACCCGCCCUGCCCCGAGCCCGAGCUCACAUUCGGGCUCCCGGCCCAUACCGACCCCAACACAUUUACUAUCCUUCUCCAGGACUCGCAAGUCCCGGGACUUCAGCUCCUCAAGGACGGGCAGUGGCUCUCCUUAAAGCCCAUCCCCAAUGCACUCGUCAUCAACAUCGGCGACCAACUCCAGGCAUUGAGCAACUCGGAGUACAAGAGCAGCUGGCAUCGGGCGGUGGUGAACGGGCAGCGAGCGAGAGUUUCGAUAGCAACGUUCAUGUGUCCAUCCAACACAGCCGUGAUCAAAGCUCCUAAAGAACUUGUUGAAAAACAUCGGUGUGCAGUUUACCGGGACUACACGUAUGCCGAGUAUUACGACAAGUUCUGGAGCAGGAACCUGGACCAGGGGCACUGCUUGGAACUGUUCAAGGCUGCAAAUUGACCAAAAUUUAAAAAAAAAACUACCUUUUCCACUACAUACAUUCUUCAAUAUUCUCUUGAAUAAAUGUGUAUGUAUGUGCAAGUACAACCCAAAUGUGGACUAGUUGUUAUUUUCCAGAAAACUUUAAUUUUCGA